UUGGGGUUUGCUGACUGAAGGCCUGGUCGUUGGCGCGCAUCGCGCUCCAUGCGCAGACCAAGGGGCUGAUUACGACUGCCACUUGAUACUGAGCUCAUCGUUCGUUCGAUGAUCGCUCCCAUUCUUUCGUACUUUGUAGGGCGUUGCAGCAGAAGACUAAUCUGAAUUGUAUGGACUGUUUAGCGGGCGUUGCACAUGCCCCGGCUACUGCUAUCUUGCGCCGACCGGUCCUCUACACCACUUCAAGAAGGGAUAGAAAUGGCGGGUUGAAGUUGCGAGCCAAAAUCGUCGAAGAAAACGACCCAUUACUUCAAUCUGCCAUUGAUUCGGCUUCUCUUCGUUUCCGGGAGACCCAUCGACCAAAGCCUCUGUUUGUUGAUCCGUAUGCUGGUUGCUUUGUUCCUCCUAAUGCUCAGAUGGACAUGAUGCAAUGCUCACAUCAUUAUUGCGUUGCUACUAAAUUCAUCGACGAUAAGUUGCUUCGAACGGUAAACCAUAUCGAUGGAUUAAAGCAGGUUGUUUUGCUAACCGAUGGAAUGGAUACCCGUCCAUAUAGGCUUAGUUGGCCAAGUUCAACCAUUAUAUUCAAUGUUUCUCCGGAACGGGUGUUCAAAAGAGCAGCUGAGAAGCUUCAAGGUGUUGGGGCUAAGAUUCCUAGAAGCUGCUUAUCCCUUCACGUUCCUUUGGAAUCCUCCGACAUACAGAAAAGUCUGCGUGCUAAAGGGUUUAACGGCAAUCAACCUAGCAUUUGGGCCAUGCAGGGGUUGCCUUUGAUGACAUUAGCAAGUUUUGAAGAUAUUUUGCUCACUGUAAGUGGUUUGGCAAUGAAGGGAUGUUUUUUCUUGGGAGAAUUACCUGCUUGGUUGGCAGAAACUGAAAUAGGGACCAAGACUAGUGCAAGGACAUGGUUGGAGAAACUAUUCAUGAACAAUGGCUUUCGGGUGGACAUGAUUUGUUUUGAUGAAGUUGCAAGGAGUUUAGGCAAGGAAUUAGCACCGGGAAGGUAUAAGAAUAUACUAUUUUCUGCAGACCAACUGCGGUUUUCUGAUGAUCAGACGCUGAACUUUUAGUGUUGACAGAUGAAACUUGGGAGGAAGGAAUUCCUGAGAGCCGAGGAAGAAGGGGACGAGGAAGGUUUCGAAGAGCUCUAAUACAACUAGGUAUUUAGGCUACAGGCCUGAGAUGACAGAUUUUGCUUCUUAUUUUAUGGUCUUGCUUUUAACCACGCCACAUUGUAACUAAUUUGUACUCAAAUUUUGGUUGAUCUUUCCCUUGCCUUGUAUAAUUUUUUUAUGUUAAUAAACUUGUUUUAUUCGUUACACA